AGCAGGGCCUUCUAGACAGUCCCAGCACCAUGAGCCCUGAAAGGUCCCAAGAGGAGAGCCCAGAAGGAGACACAGAGAGAACAGAGCGGAAGCCCAUGGUCAAAGAUGCCUUCAAAGACAUUUCCAUAUACUUCACCAAGGAAGAAUGGACAGAAAUGGGAGACUGGGAGAAAACUCACUAUAGGAAUGUGAAAAUGAACUAUAAUGCACUGAUUACUAUAGGUCUCAGAGCCACUUGACCAGCUUUCAUGUGUCACCGAAGGCAGGCCAUCAAACUCCAGGUGGAUGACACAGAAGAUUCCGAUGAAGAAUGGACACCUAGGCAGCAAGUCAAACCUCCUUGGAUGGCCUUCAGAGGAGAACAGAGCAAACACCAGAAGGGAAUGCCCAAGGCGUCAUUCAAUAAUGAAUCUAGUUUGAAAGAAUUGUCAGGAACGCCAAAUUUACUGAAUACAAGUGGCUCAGAGCAGGCUCAGAAACCAGUGUCCCCUCCUGGAGAAGCAAGUACCUCUGGACAGCACUCUAGACUAAAACUGGAACUCAGGAGGAAGGAGACUGAAGGAAAGAUGUAUAGCCUGCGAGAAAGAAAGGAUCAUGCAUACAAAGAGAUCAGCGAGCCACAGGAUGAUGACUACCUCUAUUGUGAGAUGUGUCAGAACUUCUUCAUUGACAGCUGUGCUGCUCAUGGGCCCCCUACAUUUGUAAAGGACAGUGCAGUGGACAAGGGGCAUCCCAACCGUUCAGCCCUCAGUCUGCCCCCGGGGCUGAGAAUUGGGCCAUCAGGCAUCCCUCAGGCUGGGCUUGGAGUAUGGAAUGAGGCAUCUGAUCUGCCACUGAGUCUGCACUCUGGCCCCUAUGAGGGCCGAAUUACAGAAGACGAAGAGGCAGCCAACAGUGGAUAUUCCUGGCUAAUCACCAAGGGGAGAAACUGCUAUGAGUAUGUGGAUGGAAAAGAUAAAUCCUGGGCCAACUGGAUGAGGUAUGAGAACUGUGCCCGGGAUGAUGAAGAGCAGAACCUGGUGGCCUUCCAGUACCACAGGCAGAGCUUCUAUAGAACCUGCCGAGUCAUUAGGCCAGGCUGUGAACUGCUGGUCUGGUCUGGGGAUGAGUAUGGCCAGGAACUGGGCAUCAGAUCUUCUAUAGAACCUGCCGAGUCAUUAGGCCAGGCUGUGAACUGCUGGUCUGGUAUGGAGAUGAGUAUGGCCAGGAACUGGGCAUCAAGUGGGGCAGCAAGUGGAAGAAAGAGCUCAUGGCAGGGAGAGGUAGGCAUCACUAUUACUCUUUUAAAAGGACAGGAAAGAAAGAAUUAUCCUAGAGAAUUUUCAUGAUUGAACUCUUAAGUAGAGUAAAACGCCGUCUAAAGUCAGUAAAAUUUUACAUCAGUGGCUCCAAAAUUAAAGAUUCAUGUUAUAUGC